GCGCCAAAUGCAAUUUGCCGGUUUGUUUUGUGGCUGAAAAUGUCGAAUUUUGCACAACUGGAGCGGCUUUUAGUGAAAGUGUUUCCCGUUCUGAAUGGAAUCACGAAGGAGGAGCCGGUCACGAUCGAGGAACUUACGAAUCUGCAUCAGCUUUUGGUCAACCAAUCGAUUGUGCCAUUCAUCUACGAAAGGGUGUUUCAACAGACUCGAAAAACUGUCCGCGACACUACGGUGCCUCAGUUUUGGUCCCAUUUCACCUCAUCGGAACUGGGCGAUGAGUCGCCGGCUCGAUCGGCCACAAAUCUGGCCGCAGUCGCCAGCGACAACACCAGGUUUUUCGAGUUUCAGCAUGCGAUCAAGGAGCUCUACACCCAAUAUGCUUUUUAUCGAAGACAGUUGAAGCGGCUAGAGAUCGUCUGUCCAGCCUCAUGCAUUCCCGUUUUCACCAAGAAGAAGCCAAAUGAGGUGAUGCACUUUUGCGAUACCUUCCGUACCGAACUGCUGGCCCAACUGCCAGUGCACUUCAACGAUUUGGUGGAUGAAUUCUACAAGAUUGCGUUCCGGGUGUUUACUUUCACGUACGGCGAAAGUGAAACCGACUACACCGAUGUGCCGGAAACGAACCAAUGCGUGGCUUGUGGUGUCGCCACCCCCAGCUGCCUGUGCCAAAUGAUAGCGAACGCUUUCGGGAGCACCAACAAACAUCUUUGGCAAAUGGGUCUUUUGAAUCCGAUCGCCGGAUACGCAAUCGAGUCGCUCGCGAUGGAGCGCAUCGAUGUAAAAGUUAGCGAUACAAAGGAAAACCAUGAGAUCUCGCAUUUGGAUUCGCUCGAACAGUGGCUCGACACGGUUCUGCUGCAAUGGAUCACCCGCAUCUUUAACCAGGGAUCGCUAGAGGUGCAUCCGGAGCACAAAGUAGUGCAGGAUAUUAUCAAAGACUUUAAACGGAAGCUGCGGCUUCACCUGUUCGAAAGCUACGCCAACGCCAUCAUGGAUCAGUUCUUUCAGAUUAUUAUUCACUUUCCCUCGACACGGGCGGCGGUGGACGAUCUGAAGGUAUGCCUAGUUAACAUUAAACUCAAAAAGUGCUUCGUCACAACGAUCCGCCAGAUGCUGCAAAAGCGCUUGCUGCACCCAGGCGUCGAUACAUCGGAUAUAUUGACGGGAUACGUGGCGGCGCUGAAAACUCUCGGUCACUUCGAUCCGAGCAAUGUGCUACUACGAUCUAUCACAAAGCCCAUCAAGGAUUAUCUGCGAGGCCGGCCAGAGACUGUGCGAUGCGUCGUGACCAGCUUAACGGGCGACGGUUCGUCAGAUCUAGCGGAGGAGCUGGCAAAGAGUGAAUCCACCAAGCCUAAGGAAACGAAUGAUAUGCCAGAGGAUACCGACUGGGAAAGCUGGAAUCCCGAACCAGCCAAUGUCGCUACUGCUGUGCAACGGGCAUUGAUUGCUGGCAAGGAAGUCGAUAUCAUAGCGAUGGUGGUCGAAAUCUAUGGCAGUAAGGAAAUAUUCGUGAACGAGUAUCGCAACCUGUUGGCGGAACGGUUGCUCUCCCUGGUGGACUUCUGCCCCGAGCGUGAGAUGAGAAAUCUCGAGCUGCUUAAGCUUCGGUUUGGCGAAACCAUGCUCCAUAGCUGCGAAGUGAUGCUGAAAGACAUCGCGGACUCGAAGCGCAUCAACGAUCACAUUGUUGGCGAGGAAGGUGGUUUCAGCGAGGACAUUCCGUUCAAACUUUCAGCUCUGAUAGUUUCAUCCCAGUUUUGGCCAACGUUUAAGAAGGAGACGAUGGAUCUUCCUCCAGCGAUACAGAAAGUGUUCGAUAAGUACACAAAGUGCUACGAAGCGUACAAGGCUAACCGAUCCCUACAGUGGACUCCGCUAAAUGGCAAAGUGUGCAUAACAAUUGAAAAUGAUGGAAAAGUGCAAGAGAUGCAGGUCACUCCGGCUCAGGCAGCUAUUGCUAUUCACUUCAGCGAACAAUCCCAAUGGGAAUUGGAUCUUUUGGCGCAGAAAAUGAAUAUGCCUCCCAUCGUACUCCGCAAACGGUUGGUAUUCUGGCAGUCGAACGGGUUGAUCCGUGAAACCCAGGAAAAUUUGUUCGUACUCGUGGACAAGAGUGACGAAUCGGCGAAGCUAGCGGAUCAGCUACUAUCUCAACAGGACAAUAUGUGUGAAGAGGAGGAAGUCGAGAGUGCAAUGGAAUCGGCCAGUGAUCAGCGAGAGGAGGAGCUGCAGGUGUUCUGGUCUUACAUCGAAGCGAUGCUAACGAACCUUGAUUCGCUUCCGCUCGACCGCAUUCAUCAGAUGCUGAAAAUGUUCGCAUCGCAGGUGGACUUUACGCAGGACGAGCUGAAAAACAUUCUACAGAAGAAGGUACGCGAGCACAAGCUCGUGUACGCUGGCGGAGUGUAUCAGCUGCCGAAAUCGUAG